AUUCAUUCAAUCCCUCCCUCUCCAUUGCUUCUGUACCAGGCUCAUAAACAGGCUCUGCCUGCACGUUUAAUAUCCUAUUCUUUUAUUUCUAUUAUUUUCUCCAUCCCGAUGUUCCAGCCAAGCCCCUUUAGGAUGCAUCUCUAUGUAUACCGCCUCUUCUUUUUGUAACCAACAGGCCUUUCAUUCUACAUGCAAAAGUCUGAUGGCUCAGCUUUGAGUGAACGUCAAUCAUUUUGCCGUCUCCUUUGGUAACGUCGCUGCAGUCAUGAGUAGCCCACUUUCACCAACGGAUUACGACAGCUUGGAAAUUCAACAACAAUAUAAUGAUAUCAAUAACAGAUGGGAUCUAGCCAACGAUGAUGACUGGGACAAUGAAAAUAGUUCUGCACGUCUGUUUGAGAGAUCCAGAAUUAAAGCGCUUGCAGAUGCAGAUUUUGACCCCGGGUACGUGGAGGUGCCCCGGCCCUCGUCCCCGCUCCUCUCCCCCGCAGCCUUCGUCAACUCGGUGCAGUACGCCAACGUGCUGGAGGGAAGGUUCAAGCAGCUCCAAGAUGAACGUGAAGCAGUCCAGAAGAAAACCUUCACCAAAUGGGUCAACUCUCACCUUGCCCGGGUCACUUGUAGGAUUUCUGAUCUGUACAAUGACCUGCGAGAUGGAAGGAUGCUGAUCCGACUACUGGAAGUACUCUCUGGGGAACAGCUGCCCAAGCCCACCAAAGGUCGUAUGCGUAUUCAUUGCCUUGAAAAUGUGGACAAAGCACUACAGUUUUUGAAGGAACAAAAAGUCCAUCUAGAGAACAUGGGAUCCCAUGAUAUUGUGGAUGGUAACCACAGACUGACACUAGGACUCAUUUGGACAAUCAUCCUCCGCUUCCAGAUUCAAGAUAUUAGUGUUGAGACAGAAGAUAAUAAAGAAAAGAAGUCAGCCAAGGAUGCCUUAUUACUAUGGUGUCAAAUGAAGACUGCUGGGUAUCCAAAUGUUAACGUCCACAACUUCACAACAAGCUGGCGUGAUGGGCUAGCAUUUAAUGCCAUAGUGCACAAGCACAGGCCAGAUAUUAUUGACUUUGACACUCUGAAGAAAUCUAAUGCUCACCACAACUUACAAAAUGCUUUUAACAUUGCUGAACGAGAGCUAGGCCUCACUAAGCUUCUGGAUCCUGAAGACGUAAACGUAGACCAACCAGACGAGAAGUCCAUAAUCACUUAUGUGGCAACGUUCUACCACUACUUCUCAAAGAUGAAGGCCCUGGCAGUGGAAGGGAAAAGGAUUGGCAAGGUACUAGACCAUGCAAUUGAAGCAGACCAACUUAUCGAAAAUUAUGAGCGUCUGGCGUCUGAGCUUCUCCAGUGGAUCGAACAGAUGAUCAUUACACUCAAUGACCGAAAGUUGGCCAACUCCUUGAGUGGUGUUCAAAACCAGCUUCAAGCCUUCAACACUUACCGAACGGUAGAAAAGCCUCCCAAGUUCACAGAGAAAGGAAAUUUAGAGGUUCUCCUCUUUACCAUUCAGAGUAAAAUGAGAGCAAACAAUCAAAAGGUCUAUACUCCAAGGGAAGGAAAACUUAUAUCGGAUAUAAACAAGGCCUGGGAGCGCUUGGAGAAGGCAGAACAUGAACGAGAGCUUGCCUUGCGCAAUGAGCUAAUUCGGCAGGAGAAGUUGGAGCAAUUGGCGGCUAGGUUUGAUCGUAAGGCUGCCAUGAGAGAAACCUGGCUCAGUGAGAACCAGCGCCUUGUAUCCCAGGAUAACUUUGGUGUGGACCUUGCAGCAGUUGAAGCUGCUGUGCGGAAACAUGAAGCUAUUGAGACAGAUAUUAUUGCAUACAGUGAGCGCGUACAAGCGGUAAACGCAGUUGCUGAUGAACUUGAGGCAGAGAAUUAUCAUGACAUCAGAAGAAUAUUGGCUCGCAAGAGUAAUGUCACACGUUUAUGGGAUUAUUUAAGGGAGCUGGUUGCAGCCAGGCGCCAAAGACUCUUGAUGAACUUAGAACUUCAAAGAAUGUUCCAAGAUUUGCUGUAUCUCAUGGAUUGGACAGAGGAUAUGAAGGGCCGUCUACAGUCGGAAGAUUAUGGAAAGCACCUUCAUGGUGUGGAAGAUCUUCUACAGACUCACACUCUCGUGGAAGCUGACAUUGCUGUGCAGGCAGAACGUGUAAAAUCAGUCAGCGCUGUUGCCCAAAAAUUCACGUCGGACGAUGAAGGUUACAAACCGUUUGACCCAGAGUUGGUGCGAAAGCGUGUACAGCUUUUAGAGCAACAGUAUGCAGAAUUGUGCAAUUUAUCUGCAGCUCGAAGGUCAAAGCUAGAAGAGUCUAGGAGACUUUGGAAGUUUUUCUGGGAUAUGGGUGAAGAGGAAGCUUGGAUCCGAGAACAAAGUCGUCUUCUAAUGUCUGAUGACUAUGGUAAAGACAUCACCAGCUCCUUAAGGCUAAUCAGUAAGCAUAACGCCUUUCGGGGAGAAAUGAGCGGGCGGCACGGACCACUGCAGCAGACGGUAGCUGAAGGUGAAGAACUGGUAGCACAGGGGCACUUUGGAGCCGGAGAAAUUGAAGAAAAAAUGUUGGAAGUUAAAGACCAAUGGAAGGAGCUUGAAGCUUUGGCUGAAGACCGGGAACGCAAAUUGAGGGAAGCCUACAGUUACUACCAGUUCCAAGCUGAUGCCAAUGACGCAGAGGUUUGGAUUCUGGACACUUUGAGGCUGGUGUCAGGCAAUGAUGUAGGACACGAUGAAUAUUCCACACAGAGGUUAAUAAGAAAGCACAAAGAUGUGGAAGAGGAGAUACUCAACCACCGACCAGGAAUCGAUGCCCUGCAUGAACAGGCCAGUAGUUUGCCAACAACAUACGCUCAUUCUCCUGAAGUUGAUGGAAGACUUCCUGCUCUGGAGCAACGGUAUGAGGAGCUCGUAACUUUGGCUGCCCAUCGUAAGCAGGCCCUCCAAGACUCUCUGGCUCUUUAUAAAAUGUUUAGUGAAGCAGAUGCUUGUAUCCUUUGGAUAGAUGAAAAAGAGCAGUGGUUGAAUGGAAUGGAGAUCCCAGAAAAACUUGAAGAUCUUGAAGUAGUUCAGCAAAGGUUUGAAACACUUGAGGCAGAGAUGAACAAUUUGGCAUCAAGAAUAGCCUCAGUAAAUGAAGUGGCCGGGCAGCUGCUGAAUACGGACCACAGGAAUGAGGAAAGUAUCCGGGAUAUGCAAGAUCAGUUAAAUGCACGAUGGAAUCAGCUCCGCCAGCUUGUUAGUCAGAAGAAAAACGCUUUGGAUUCUGCACUUGAAAUCCAGAACUAUCAUCUGGAUUGUAAUGAGACCGUGUGCUGGAUGAGAGAAAAAACGAAGAUCAUUGAAUCCACACAGAGCCUAGGAAAUGACUUGGCAGGAGUCACUGCUCUCCAGCGUAAACUUACUGGAAUGGAACGUGAUUUAGAAGCCAUACAGAGAAAAGUAGGUGACCUUCAUGAGGAAUCAGAGAAGCUUGCUUCAGGACACCCACAGAAAGCCGCAGCUAUUACUGGUCAUUUGUCUGAGAUAGAUGACACAUGGGACGAAUUGAAGGAUACAAUGAAAAGAAGAGAAGAAACUUUGGGCGAAGCAAGCAAGUUGCAAGGCUUUUUGCGUGAUCUAGAUGACUUCCAGAGCUGGUUGUCUCGAGCACAAACUGCAGUUGCAUCUGAGGAUGUCCCCGCUGAUCUAGUUGAGGCAGAGCGUUUACUUGCACAGCAUGAAAGCAUUAGAAAUGAAAUUGAGCGCUAUGGAGCAGAAUACAAAAUAAUCAGAGAGGUUGGCGAGGAGGUAACUCGUGGCCAGACAGAUGCCCAAUAUAUGUUUCUACAGCAGAGAUUGAAAGCACUGGACACAGGCUGGAAUGAGUUGGGACAAAUGUGGGAAAACAGGCACCAGCUGCUUUCUCAGGGAUACAGUUUCCAGGUGUUCCUAAGAGACACCAAGCAGGUGGAAGGUUUCCUAAAUAACCAGGAGUAUGUCCUAUCCCAUACGGAAAUGCCCUCUACCCUCCAGGCAGCUGAAGCGGCUAUCAAGCGCCAUGAGGACUUUAUGACCACCAUGGAUGCGAACGAUGAAAAAAUACGUGGUCUAGUAGAAUCGGGGAAGAAGCUCAUUCUGGAGGACAAUGUCAACUCUGAGAAGAUUCAGGAAAAAGUCACAUCCAUUGAUGAAAGACACAAGAAAAACAGAGCAGCAGCUAAUGAUGUUCUAUCUCGAUUAAAGGACAAUCGUGAUCUACAACAUUUCCUCCAGGACUGUCAAGAGUUGACUCUGUGGAUUAAUGAGAAGAUGUUGACAGCUCAAGAUGUCUCUUAUGAUGAAGCUCGUAACCUUCACAGCAAAUGGCAGAAGCAUCAAGCAUUUAUGGCUGAGCUGGCAUCAAAUAAAGACUGGCUGGACAAAAUAGACAAGGAAGGACAGCAGCUUAUCGCAGAAAAACCAGAACUAGAAGCAGUUGUGCGAGAGAAACUGGAUUCCUUACAUGCUCUUUGGGAUGAACUGGAAUCCACCACGCAAAGUAAAGCACAGUGUCUGUUUGAUGCCAACAGAGCAGAGCUGUUCACACAGAGUUGCUCUGCUUUAGAAGGCUGGUUGCAAAAUCUGGAGGGCCAGCUCCAAUCUGAUGAUUAUGGGAAAGAUCUAACCAGUGUUAACAUACUAUUAAAAAAGCAACAGAUGUUGGAGAACCAGAUGGAGGUCAGAGAAAAAGAGCUAGAGGCUAUCCAGAGCCAGGCUCAGGCACUUGGCCAAGAAGAUGCAAACAUUGUAGAAGUAGACUCAAAGAACAGGACAGUCGCCUCCAAAUUCACAGAACUACGUGCGCCUCUGAAUGAGCGGAAAAAUUUGUUGCUGGCAUCGAAGGAGGGACACCAAUUUAAUAGAGAUUUGGAAGAUGAAAUACUCUGGGUAAAGGAAAGGAAGCCAAUGGCCAUUUCUACAGAACAUGGGAAGGAUCUUCCUUCUGUACAAUUACUUAUAAAGAAAAACCAGACACUGCAAAAGGAGAUUCAAGGACAUCAGCCGCGGAUUGACGAUAUUUUAGAAAGGGGGAAAUCUAUGGUUAAGAACAGUGCUCUAGAUGCUCAGGAAAUAGGAGAAAGGCUGGAAUUGCUGGGAAGCACAUGGGAAGAGCUUACAGCAGAAACUGCAAAGCGGCACGCUCGUCUUGAAGAAUCCCUUUCUGCACAACAGUUUUAUGCUGAUGCUGCAGAGGCUGAAGCAUGGAUGGGAGAACAGGAGCUGCACAUGAUGUCAGAAGAGAAGGCCAAGGAUGAGAUUGGCGCUCAGGCAAUGCUAAAGAAACACUUGGUUAUGGAGCAGGCUCUUGAUGAUUAUGCUGAAACCAUUCACCAACUAGCCAACUCCAGCAGAGACAUGGUCUCCAGAGGCCACCCAGAAAGUGACCGGAUUACCUUGCGCCAGGGGCAAGUUGACAAGCUAUAUGCUAGUCUGAAAGACCUGGCAGAAGAGAGAAGAGGGAAGCUGCAGGAACACCAGAGACUCUGCCAACUUAGGAGAGAUGUAGAAGACUUGGAGCACUGGAUCUCUGAGCGUGAAGUUGUGGCGGCUUCUCAUGAGUUGGGACAGGAUUAUGAGCAUGUAACGAUGCUAAGAGAUAAGUUCCGUGAAUUCUCUCGUGACACAAGUAACAUUGGACAGGAACGUGUAGAUGCCGUCAACCUUAUGGCUGAUGAUCUCAUUUCCUCUGGACAUUCUGAAAAUGCCACUGUGGCUGAAUGGAAGGAUGGACUCAAUGAAGCCUGGGCUGACCUUCUGGAAAUGAUUGAUACACGUAGCCAGAUGUUGGCAGCCUCCUAUGAGCUUCACCGCUUCUACCAGGAUGCCAGAGAAACUUUGGGUCAGAUAAAGGACAAACAAAAGCAAAUACCAGAAGAGACUGGAAGAGACCUCAACACAGCAGAGGCUAUGCAACGCAUGCACACCACAUUUGAACAUGACAUACAAGCUCUUAGUGCACAGGUAAAACAGGUUCAGGAGGAUGCUGCUCGGCUCCAGAAAGCAUACGCCGGUGAAAAGGCUGCAGACAUCAACAGGCAUGAACAGGCAGUAUCUGAAGCCUGGGGCGAACUGCAAGAUGCAAGUAGCACACGCCGACAGCUGCUUUUGGACACUGUGGAGAAAUUUCGCUUUUUCAGGAUGGUUAGAGAUCUUAUGCUAUGGAUGGAUGAUGUCAACCUUCAGAUUGAUGCUCAAGAAAAACCACGGGAUGUAUCAUCAGCUGAUUUAGUCAUUAAAAAUCACUUAAGCAUUAAAGCAGAGGUGGAUGCUCGGGCAGACAGCUUUACUACCUGCAUAAACCUUGGAAACUCUCUCCUAGAGAAGAAUCACUAUGCAUCGGACAAGAUCUCUGAAAAACUAGAACAGCUGCAAGAAAGGCGGCAAGAAACCGAAAACAAAUGGAAAGAUAAAAUGGAAUGGUUACAAAUAGUACUUGAGGUGCUGAUGUUUGGAAGAGAUGCAAAUGUUGCAGAGUCAUGGCUUUCCAGUCAGGAACCUAUUGUCCGGUCCUCAGAGCUGGGAACCAAUGUAGAUGAGGUGGAAAACCUGAUAAAAAGGCAUGAAGCUUUCCAAAAAUCAGUUGCCACUUGGGAUGAAAGAUUCUAUCUUUUAGAAAAGCUAACAACGUUGGAAGAGAAUGAACUUAGAAGAAGAAGGGAAGAAGAGGAGAGGAAGCGAAGACCUCCGACUCCUCCUCCACCUGAGCCAAAAAGAGAAGAGAUUUUGCAGGAAGUGAAUCAUCAGACUAUGGAAGACCAUUCAAUCCCUGCCAAUGUUCUACAAGAAAGGCUACAAAGCUUGCAAACUGAACAGGCUUCAGUCAAUGGACUGUAUACAGACUCUGAUUCUCCGCAGCCGUCAACUGAUACCAGACGGAUAGAUGACAGCUUCUCUGAAAAUCAGGGAUACGAUAUAUCAGAUGCUGCUAAUGGAGCAAAGGCAGACGUAAUUCCAAAGGACGGUAGCCCACCCCCCUCACCACUGUUCCAAUCGCGGCCAACAUUUUCACCUAUAAACCUUCAGACUUCCACUUUACCAAUUGGCAUUUCUGAACCAUUGGCUUCAGAGCAAAUGGAAGGAAUGCUUCACCGCAAACAGGAAAUGGAAUCUCAUGCCAAGAAAGCGGCCAACAGGUCCUGGCAAAAUGUUUACUGCGUUCUGAAAAAAGGCAGUUUGGGAUUCUAUAAAGAUGCAAAGAGUGCAAGUAGUGGCAUACCUUAUCAUGGUGAGGUUCCUGUCCAGCUUGCUGGAGCACAAUGUAGUGUGGCACAUGAAUACAAGAAACGCAAGAAUGUCUUCAAACUCGGUUUAUCAGAUGGCAAAGAGUAUCUUUUCCAGGCAAAAGAUGAAGCUGAGAUGAGCAGUUGGAUGCGGGUGAUUAAUGCUUCGCUGUCUUCCUCGACUAGUGAUACUUCAGACCAUUCCCCAGGUGUAACCAAGGGUAUGACCCGAGCUAUGACCAUGCCUCCUGUGUCUCCCAAUAGCGCCACAGAGGGUAAUGUGACAUUGCGUAAUAAGGAAGGAAAAGAAAAGGACAGAGAAAAGCGAUUUAGUUUCUUCAAGAAGAAAUAAAUACCACAAUGCUAAUCAGGACAGACAACGCUGUUCACAUCAUUACUGCAAAUAAGGCCCUUUCACGCCAACAGCAUGGGACCUGUGGGCAAUUUUGGGGCUUGGGCGGUUGUGUGGGUAAAUUAAAAAUAAUUAAAAAAAAGACCACAGCAUUUUAUACACACAUAUAUAUAUAAUUAUAUAUGCAUAACAUGCACCUCCAAUGAUGAACAGAAGACCCUUAUGAUGCAACUUGUUGGACCCUAUAUAGAAGCUCCUUAUGCACUGAACACAGUUGAAAUGUGGCUUUUAGGCAUGUGAGCCAUUCUUAAGGGGGUCGCUAAUUAUUCAUCAUCGUUAAAUUCUUUCGUCUCGACGGGGUCUUUCAUUGUCUCUGUGCGCAUGUCCAGCCAUAGCCUCUAACAUGACAUCAGACGUUAGAGAAGCAGUGCACAUACUGCAGCCUAUAAUGGAGAUGCAAUAAACUGUUAUGCCUGACCUGAAUGAAAAGGUUCUUAUUGAUGCUACUUAUGAUUUAAUGUUAUUGGGUGAAUAAACAUGGCCUCCUUUAGCGUGACCUUCCUACAUACACUAUGCUGCCUGAUAAACACAUGCUGUGUGUAUAUAAUAUAUAUAUAUAUUCAUAUGUUUUUCCAUUUGCUGUUACACAGACCGUGCUGCAGAUCUGUAAUGAAGAUGCUUCAGCCAGUAGAGAAUCGCAAAAUGGUGAUUUUUCAUUUGGAAUUUAGUAUACAGAGGAACCAAUGUUUGGGGAAAAUAAUUUCUUAGAAAAUAUUAUAUUGCACAAAGAUGAAAUAUGAGGUUAAGUACUUUGCAAAUGCAUCAUAUUGAAUGUGAGUGCGGAACCUACAUAAAAGCAGAGCAAGCUGAUUAUGCCUUUUGUGGUGGGAGUUGUUAAUGUGCGCUGCUUUCAGUUGCAUUGCACCAAGCAUUGACUGCCUACUGAAUAUUUUAACCUUUUUUAUUUUUCUCUGUAAUCUAAUUUUGCUCAUAAAGAUGUAUGCUUACGGUCAGGGGUGUGCCAGUAGGAGUUGCAGAGGUUCCAAUUACAUCUCGGCCCUAGUGUCUUAAGUGCACCAUAUGGCCCCUUUACUACCUAGAACAGCGUUUCCCAGCCAGCUGUUGGGAAUUAUAGUUUGCAACAGCUGGAGGCACACUGGCUUGGAAACACUGACCUAGAAGGACGCCAAUAGAUGGCAUUUGGGGAAAGGGGCACUAUUACAGAUUUUGCAAAGAGCUUUAAAGUUACUUCUCCCCAUUAAUGUUCUUUCUCAGCCCCAUCUUUAGAAAAAGAAUUGAAUGUAAUGUUGGCUCUUCACAAGAACAUAACAAAUGCAUUUUUAAGACCUGUAUUCCUUACAUUUCUUUAGCAGUCGUGUUUUUAAAGUUUCUGUUCUUCAAAGUGAAUGAGACAAAACAAGCUGAAUUAAAGUGUCAUAUGAGUAAUGUAUAAAGUAGCCAAAAAAAUAGAGAAUUAACCAGAAAAAGAAAAUUGCGUGCCAGACACAGCUUCAGUUUUAUUAGUACUUCUCAGCUUGUAUGACCAAUCACUAUUACAUUCACAUAACCCAUCCAGAUUUUACCCAAGACAUUUACAUUGGUUCUGCCAACUGUGCCCUUGUUAGUCCACACUCCGAAACCUACAGUACUGAUAGUCCAAUCUCCUAAGAUGGCCAUUGAACUUAGUGUAUGUGUUUUUAGAUAUGGAAAAUAGAGUGUGAACACCAGCAUUAGAACUGAUGAGUGGAUACACUAUAGAAUAUAGCAGCAUUAUAUAGAUAGAAGUACCUAAUAAGUGAGUUAUUGCCAGUGCAAAGUCAGGUGCGUCAAGAUUGCUGAUGGUGCCUAAUGAAAUUGGGUGUUUUAUUUGUCCAGAACCUCCCAUCUAGUACCCACAAUCUACAUGGUUUCACAUUUUCCUAAAGUGUUUAUAUUUAGAAACGAAGAUGUAAUAUUUUACUGUACAAUGUACUUUUUUUCCCUUUUUUAGCUUUAUAGCAUUUUCCUCGGGUGAUCCUAAUAUAUUUGUUGCCAUUUGAUAUCUGCUUUUUACAUUUUUAUGUGCAGUUUGGUGAAUUUGGGUAGAUUUUUUUUUUUCCUUUUCAAGGGUAUAUGAUAUUAUCCAGAGUGGAAGGAACUGUAUCCUUAUUUAUAUACAAACAUUACAGGGCAAAAAAGCUGGGGCAAAAUACUGUCAAUUUAGAAAGGUGCAUUGAGUAGGACAACAUUGUAUAAAUUAUUAUUAUUUUUUUUUUUUUGUUCUUUCUUUCUGCCUUACACCUUUUAGACAAGAUCCCUUCCAGAGAUGACGUAUGGGCAUCUAUUGUAUUUUACUUUAAGCUUUUUUUUUUUUUUUUUCUUCAGUGUAAUACACUUUGAACAUUCAGCAAAAUAAAAUGUACAUCUGGUGCUUUAUGGAAAUUUAUGGAAACUAAAAUUUUCUGUGGUAAGGGUAUGUUCAGAUACAGCAGAUUUGUUUCAUAGAUCUGAAUGGGAUUGUUUCUGCAGAAUAUGCAUGGAAUUUUAGAAUCUCUAUUUAGAUUAAUGUGGCAGGGACAAAAAUUGAUGCAGCAAACCUUAUGUGUGAUCGUGCCCUUACAUCACUCAAGAAGAUCAGCAUAAACCUAAGAAAUCCUGUUCUAAACAAGAUAUGGAAAUGUACAUUUUGGGGUGAAUUGACCUUUAAUCCAGACAUUGUUUCCAGUUCACUUGCCACUUCCUGACCAAGGAGAGUCUGCAUAAUGUAUUCUGUAUGUGAUGAACAUUUCCCAAUAAACCAUAGUGUUUCUGAUUAUAA